AUGGCACCAGCUGCUCCAAGAGAAGCAGGAGUGUGGAGGCAAACCCGAGCUCUCUUGUUCAAGAAUUGUCUCAUUAAGUGUAGGACUAAGAAAAGCAGCGUCCAGGAGGUGCUUUUCCCACUGUUUUUCCUGUUCUGGCUGAUCCUGAUGAGCAUGAUGCACCCUCACAGGAAAUAUGAUGAGGUGGCCAACACAGAUUUGGGUCCUCUGGACACCUCAGUGCUGGUGAAUUUUGUCAUUGGCUACACCCCACCCACAACCAUGGCUCGGGAAAUCAUGAAGAAAGUGGCUUUUGAUAACUUUGAGGAUGGCCUCAUCACUGAGGAAUAUUUGAGUGAGGAGGAGCUGGAAGAGGCAAGUUUUCUCAAACCCUCCAACUUUGUGGGGGUGGUGUUCAAGGAUUCCAUGUCCUACCAGCUGAGGUUCCACGACUCCAUUGCCAUGUCCUCCAUCUAUACAGAAUCCAGAGCCACGUGCUCCAGCCUGCGGAAGAGCUGUGAGUCAGUGACCUACUGGAGCUCAGGGUUCACAGCACUGCAGGCCUGCAUUGAUGCUGCCAUCAUCCAGCUGAAAACAAAUCAUUCUGUUUGGGAACAGCUGGAUCUGACCAGAGCCAUGGUCAUGGGAGAGGCUGCAGUGGUGGAAAUUGAUAAUUUCCCUCGUGCAAUCAUUUUAAUUUACCUGGUGAUUGCGUUCUCCCCCUUUGGGUAUUAUUUGGCAAUUCACAUCGUGGCAGAAAAGGAGAGGAAGCUGAAGGAAUUCUUGAAAAUUUUGGGACUCCAUGACACUGCCUUCUGGCUGUCCUGGGUGCUGCUCUACGUGAGCCUGAUUUUUGUCAUGUCCAUCCUCAUGGCAGUGAUCGCCACGGCCUCGUCCCUCUUCCCCCAGAGCAGUGCCUUUGUCAUCUUCCUCCUUUUUUUCCUCUAUGGAGUCUCCUCAGUUUUCUUUGCCCUGAUGCUGACACCUCUGUUUAAGAAGUCCAAGCACGUGGGGAUAGUGGAGUUCCUGGCAACUCUGGUUUUUGGCUUUGUGGGCCUCAACAUUGUCCUGCUGGAGGAUUUCCCCAAAUCCUUCGUGUGGAUCCUCAGCCCUUUGUGCCAGUGCAGCUUCUUGAUUGGUGUUGCACAGGUCAUGCAUCUGGAGGAUUAUGAGGAUGGAGCAACAUUUGCAAACAUCAAUGCUGGUCCUUACCCUCUCUGUAUCUCUCUGAUUCUCUUGGUGCUGGACAGCAUCUUUUACCUGCUUGUAGCUGUCUACCUUGACCAGGUGAUCCCAGGGGAGUUUGGCCUGCGCCGCACGCCCUUUUUCUUCAUGAAACCUUCAUUUUGGUCAAAGCACAGGAAAAACUACAAGGAGCUCUAUGAGAGCAGUGUCAAUGGCAGCUUGAGCUUCAGUGAGAUUGUGGAACCUGUGCCUUCAGAAUUCCAGGGCAAGGAAGCCAUCAGGAUCAGCUGUGUUCAGAAAACAUUCAGGAAAAAGGGGGAAACCGUGGAGGCUCUCAGAAAUUUGUCCUUUGACAUCUACGAGGGGCAGAUCACAGCACUGCUGGGGCACAGUGGCACCGGGAAGACGACGCUGAUGAACAUCCUCUGCGGGCUGUGCCCUCCCACAGAUGGGUUUGUCUCAGUCUAUGGGCACAGAGUGUCUGAGAUUGAUGAGAUGCUGGAGGUGAGGCAGAUCGCAGGGGUGUGCCCCCAGUCUGACAUCCACUUUGACAUUUUAACUGUGGAGGAGAACCUCUCCAUCUUUGCUGCCAUCAAGGGCAUCCCCCAGAACGAUUUGAUACAAGAGGUGCAGAAGGUGUUGCUGGAUUUGGAGAUGCAGCCCAUCAGGGACAAUCAAGCCAAAAAAUUGAGUGGGGGGCAGAAGAGGAGGCUGUCAGUGGGAGUUGCUGUUCUUGGGAACCCCAAGGUUUUGCUGCUGGACGAGCCCACGGCAGGGAUGGAUCCCUGCUCCCGCCACAUCGUGUGGAACCUGCUGAGGAGCAGGAAAGCCAAACGUGUGACUGUGUUCAGCACCCACUUCAUGGACGAGGCUGACAUCCUGGCUGAUCGUAAAGCUGUGAUUUCCCAAGGGAUGCUCAAGUGCCUGGGCUCUUCUCUGUUCCUCAAGAGCAAGUGGGGCAUUGGAUAUCGCCUGAGCAUGCACAUCGAUGCCUACUGCAACACGGAGGCCACCACGUCUGUGAUCAGGCAGCACAUCCCUGCAGCCAGCCUGCUCCAGGAGAGCGGCGAGCAGCUCGUCUACAGCCUCCCCCUCCGCGACAUGGACAAGUUUGCAGGUUUGUUCUCUGACCUGGACACCCAUUCCCACCUGGGGGUCAUCACCUAUGGUGUGUCCAUGACCACGCUGGAGGACGUGUACCUGAAGCUGGAGGUGGAGGCAGAGAUUGAUCAAGCAGAUUACAGCGUGUUCCACUCGCAGCAAGCGCAGGAUGAGAUGGAUACCAAAUCCCUGGAUGACAUGGAGCAGAGCCUGCUGGUGCUGUCUGAGGCCAAGGCACCAGCCAUGAGCAGCUCAGCCCUGUGGAAGAAGCAGGUUUCCACCAUAGCCAAAGUGCACUUCCUCAGUCUGAAACGGGAGAACAAAUGUGUCAGAGUUAUGUUGUUGCUUUUCCUCAUUUUCCUUGUAGUUCAGAUUUUGUUGUUUUUCAUACACCACAUCAUCAAAAAUGCUGUAGCUGCUAUCAGGCUCUCCCCAGAUCUGUACUUGCUGAAGCCUGGGGAGAACUAUCACAAGUACAGGAGUCGGCUCCUGCUGCAGAACUCCACAGAGUCGGAUAUCAGUGACAUUGUGCACUCCCUGGGGAGCAUGAACAUCCUCUGGGAGAUGUUCAAUGACAGUGAUUAUGUCUCAGUGGCACCUCACAGUGCAGCUCUGAACGUGUUUGCCCUUGAGUCCAGGCAGAAUUAUGUUUUCAACAUCAUAUUCAACAGCACCAUGGUGCAUUCCCUGCCAGUUUUGAUGAAUAUUGUCAGCAACCUCCUCCUGCGCAGUUUGAACGUGACUGAGAGCAUCCAGAUCUGGAGCAACCCCUUGAUUCAGGAUCUUCCAGACACAAUUUUCAGGCUGGAGAUCUAUUUUGAAGCCGUGUUACUGGGGAUCAUCAUCACUGGAAUGCCACCCUACUUCGCCAUGGACAACGCAGAGAACCACAAGAUCAAGGCUUACACCCAGCUGAAGAUUGCAGGGCUCUAUCCCUCAGCUUACUGGACUGGCCAGGCUGUGGUGGAUCUGCCUCUGUUCUUCUUCAUCCUCACCCUGAUGAUCGGCAGCCUCUUCGCCUUCCACUACGGAGUUUAUUUCUACGUGGGCAAGUUCCUGGCUGUGAUUUUUUGCCUGAUUGGUUAUGUCCCCUCAGUCGUGCUCUUCACCUACGUGGUCUCCUUCACCUUCAAAAAAGUCCAGAACACGAAGGAAUUUUGGUCAUUUAUAUUUUCAGUGACAGCCUUGCUCUGCACAGUUGUCACUGAAGUGUCCUUUUUCCUGGACCAUUACCUGGUAACCACCGUCCUGCAUUAUGUCUUCUCUAUCUUCAUUCCUAUUUAUCCCCUUAUUGGCUGCCUGAUCUGUUUUAUAAAGGUCUCAUGGAAAGGCAAGAGUGAGAGUGGGGGACACCACGACCCCUGGGACCGGCUGCUGGUGGCAGUUCUGGCUCCCUAUCUGCAGUGUGUGGUGUGGCUGUUCCUGCUGCGCUGCUUCGAGCUGAAGAACGGAGGGAGGACGGUGAGAGAAGAUCCCUUCUUCAGGAAAUGUUUUAGCAAAGCCAAGCCCUGGAAGUUCCCAGAUGUGCCUCACGAGGAGAACGAGGACGAGGAUGUGAAGGCAGAGAGGCUGCGUGUCAAAGAGAUCCUGAGCAGCCCCAGGAGUGAGGAGAUGCCAGCAAUCCUGGUCAGCAGCCUGCACAAGGAGUUUGAUGAAAGGAAGGAAUUUCUUCUGGGGAGAAAAAUAAAGAAAGUGGCAACCAAACAUGUUUCCCUCUGUGUGAAGAAAGGAGAAAUCCUGGGUUUGUUGGGGCCCAAUGGAGCUGGGAAAAGCACAUUAAUUAACAUGCUUGUUGGAGAGAUUGAGCCAACCAGUGGGCAGGUUCUGAUGGGAGAUGAUUCCUUGGGGCUGACCAGUGAGGAUGACUCUGUGAAAUUCGUGGGGUACUGUCCUCAAACAAAUCCUCUCUGGCCAGAUAUCACAUUGCAGGAACACUUUGAGAUUUAUGGUGCUAUCAAAGGCAUGAGCCAGUCUGAUGUUAAAGAAGUCAUCAAGCGCAUCACCAGUGUGCUGGAUCUAAAGGACCACCUGCAGAAGACGACAAAGAAGUUGGGAAUGGGGCUGAAACGCAAGCUCUGCUUUGCCCUCAGCAUGCUGGGCAACCCGCGGGUCACGCUGCUGGACGAGCCCUCCACCGGCAUGGAUCCCAAAGCCAAGCAGCACAUGUGGCGGGCAAUCCGAGCAGCCUUUAAGAACAAGGAGAGAGCAGCAAUCCUCACCACGCACUACAUGGAGGAGGCAGAUGCUGUCUGUGACCGUGUGGCCAUCCUGGUGUCAGGACAGCUCAGGUGUAUAGGUACUGUCCAACACCUGAAGAGCAAGUUUGGCAGAGGGUACUUCUUGGAAAUGAAAUUAAGGGAAGCAGCAGAUGUGCAGCAGGUGGAGUAUCUGCAGAGCCAGAUUUUGCACAUCUUCCCCAAUGCCAACCGCCAGGAAAGUUUUGCUUCUAUCUUGGCAUAUAAAAUUCCUAAAGAAGAUGUACAGUCGCUUUCACAUUCUUUUUCCAAGCUGGAGGAAGUAAAACACGCCUUCAACAUCGAGGACUACAGCUUUUCCCAAGCAACACUGGAACAGGUGUUUGUGGAGCUGGCUAAAGAGCAAGAGGAGGAGGACAGCAGCUUUGGCACCCUGAACAGCAGCCUGUGGUGGGAGAGGACACAGGAGGACAGAGUCAUUUUCUGAGCUCCCCGCGCUCCUGUCGGUGCCAGCGCCGAUCCUGUCUCUGCUCCUGCAGCCGGGCUGGGCAAGGACAGCUGGGUUUGGAAGCCCUGAGCGUGCCCCACCAUCCUGGCCUGGGGAAUAACACCACAGGAGCCGUGAGCAUC